AAAAUAUCUUAUUUAUUUAACUUAACGAAACAUUGUAUUUGUAUUCUUAUUCUUAUUCCUAUAAAUUGCAAAUAAUGAAUCGGAAAGUUCCAUUUAAAUUUGUAAUACACAUGCGCAGUGAAAAUUGGCGGAAUUUCGUGACAUGUCACGGUCGUCGAGAAGAGUGUCGAACUUUCGCACGGCAACCGUGUAAGCAUCGAUAACGAGAAAUAUAUCUAAGGAAUGAAAUAGACAGUGUAACAACCAGAGGAAAGCGCAUAAAUCGUGGAACAAUUUUUGUGUCCAUCGAGGAGUUUUCCCAGUGAAAUUUGCGAAUGAAGAAACGUGCAUUUCAUUCCCGCGGAAAUAGUCGAUAUUUUCCAUAUUCGUCUUUGGAAAAGUUUUUGAAACAUUUAAACGUUCGAUAGCGAGAUAUCAGGAAUCUUUGAUAAAAUAAGAUACUUUAUUUCGCGUUACGUUACAGUCAGGUUAGGUACUCAAACUCGAGUACCAACAAUGACCAUCGACAAAAGAGAUACAAGGUUGAAGUUGCGAAGUAGUUGGAAAUUCUACAUUUAACAAAAAAAUGUAGAUUUCAAAUAAGUCGAUGUUCAUGUUCACCGCUCUGUAAUAAAUAUUUAAAAAAAUGGCAGAAUUCGGUGAAAAGUUGAUAACUAGCAAAGAUUCGGAACAACGUUGUCUCGAUUGGAUUAAGUCCCAAAAGGAUUGCGCGUAUUCGAACGAAACGCAGAAAAGAAAAGCUGAUGACGAUGACGAUGACGAUGAAAGUUAUGUUACUGAUUCAGAAUUCGAUUCUGUAUCCGAAUGCGGCGCGAAAAGAAGGAGAGUUGGUUUGGCGCAGAAUCGCGAGGUUCUUAAUCUUUCCUGUGCGUGGACCAAUUGCGAAUUCGAAACGGAUCAUGUUGAGAGAUUUGCGAAACAUGUAGCUCAACACGUGCCUGAUUUAAGUACGGAAACAAAUGAGAAAGGUGUUGAAGUUUAUGUAUGCCAGUGGGAUGGUUGUUUCUAUGCGAACAACGAUCCUGACGAGAUUUCGAGGCAUGUCAAUUAUCACGCGUAUCAUACGAAGCUGAAGUGCAUUGGUUCAAAUAUUCGCGCCAGAAUUAAAUUGCCUAAAUGCCAUCGGGACUCUGGAUGGAAGAAUGUCGUAGACCUUCCACCGCCUCUUCUGUGUCGAUGGGAAGAAUGUCUAACACAUUUCAGAAAUUAUCAGUUGUUCUUGUACCAUGUUGCUGCUCACGUAGAAGAGAGUCCACGAGGUAAAAAAAUUGAGGGAGGUUUAGAAUGCAAAUGGACAGGUUGCAAUGUCUUUCACCCUAAUUUAUACAAGUUACGAGAUCACGUACGACGUCAUACAAAGGAAAAGACUGUUGCUUGUCCCAAUUGCGGCGCGACAUUCGCUUCUAAUACCAAAUUUCAUGUGCACUGCAAACGGCAAAUUUCAAUUGAUGUUCAGGGAUUCAAGUGCUCCCACUGCAAUAAAUUCUAUCCCACGGAAGGAAUUUUGAGGGACCAUAUGCGGUUGCAUGUUUUUAAUUAUAAAUGCAGUCUGUGCGAUAUGAGCUGUGAAUCGCCAGCCAGUUUGGCUAAACACGUUAGAUACCGACACGUCUCUAGUAGAAAUUUUCCCUGUCAACUUUGCAAGCACGCUGCAAAGUCCCAACAGGAUCUUGAUUCGCAUAUGACAGUUCACACAAAUGGACCCAAUUUCUCGUGUCACUUUGAGGGAUGUUUAUACACGUGUAAAGGUGCAUACAGUCUUGAUAGACACGUAGAACGAGUUCACGAUAAGCAAGUACGGUGGUACUGCUGCCAUGAAUGUCCAAUAAAAUACAGAAAAAGCUACAGAUUGACGAAACAUUUAAUCGAGGCGCAUCGAUUGCAACUACCUAGUGGACACACAAAAUUUCAGUACACUCAUAACGAAGAUGGCUGUUAUAGAUUGCAAAUGGUCAGAUACGAGGCUGUCGAAGAAGAUAGCGAUUCUUCGAUUCAUUCGAAGACAAAAAUCGAAGAGAAGAAAUACAAAAUUAAACUAAAUAAAAAUUCUAGUAUACCUCGAGUAGAGGUCUUUGAAGAUUCGGAUGAGACAGUGGAUGAGGAUGAAAAUAGAGGAACAGAAAACGUAUCGAAAGAGGACGGCUACGAAGGGAAAUCGAUGCCAGUCAUUUCGAACAUUUUAAUAUCGAUUGACGAGACUGAUGCCGAGGGAAAUAUAAUUAGAAGUAGAAUCGUGGAAGCACAGGAAACAAUGGAAUUACCUCCUUCUGAAGGAUCACCAUUAAUUUUGACUCAAAUUAAUUUUAAUUAAUUGAUAUAAAAUUUUAAUGAUAAACGAAAAUUAAAUAUACAUUUUUUACUAAUAAGUA